CACUGUUGAGCAACUACUGGCCGGAAGGACCGCAUUGGACGGAAUUAUUCAGAUAACUGCGAAACAAUUGACAGUCGGACAUGUGCUGCCCAUCUAGGACUGCUUGAAUUUGGAACUGCUGGAGAUCGUCUUUUGUUUAUUCCUUGACUAGUGAUGUGACGCAGCGUGGUUGCAUUAACGGUGAUAUGUGAAGUGACAAAAUGAGGCCCAAGAUAGGUGUUAAGAGAAAACUAUCCACGGACUAUGGCUUCGAGAGUUCCUGCUGUAAAAGACUGUCCAUUUUGGCGUGCGCGUGCGCCGUUUUCUCGCUGUUAAUUGACACUUAUCAGUUCGUUGAAAGUGAUUGGGAUGCGGAAGCUAAAAGUGUUAUGAACAAAAUACAGGACGAUAUUCUGGCGGAAAAGAUAGAGUUAUAUUUGUCACAGCUUAGUGAAUCCACGUCACGUAGGAUAAAAAGAGGAGCUAUGCUUCAAAAGCCAGCAGCACCGCAAGAAGACAACACGGUGGCACCUCACGUGGAGUUUUUCAACCCCAAGAUGAGGGCAGAGCUGGAGGAGAAGGACGCGGCUGAGAUGAGAAAGACGGGAGCCAAGGGACCAGCUCCAGGGGGCGACACGUGGGUCUGGCUCACUAGCUACUCCAGGGUGCCGUACAAAGUGGUGCAAGGGUUCUGCAAGGCGACUCAGGACUACUGCCCGCCGGGCGUGCAGGGGCCCAAGGGUCCCUCUGGCCCGCCUGGACCGAAGGGCGAGCGCGGGGACGCGGGCGCUCCCGGCGCCAGCGGACAGCCGGGGACCAGGGGACCUGUUGGGCCACCAGGGCCGAAAGGAGAGCGCGGUUUCCCGGGUAACCCCGGCCUAGACGGUCGGGACGGCGUCCCGGGCGAGCCGGGGCUGGACGGCAUGCCGGGGCGGAACGGCGCGGACGGCGCGGCCGGCCGGGACGGGCGCGACGGCACCCCGGGCAAGGACGGCAGUCCGGGGAAGAACGGGAAGGAUGGGAAAGAUGGAAGGCCCGGAGCCCCCGGGCCGCCUGGUCUCCGCGGGCCUAAGGGCGACCGCGGGAUCCAGGGUCCGAAGGGAGCACGCGGCAGUGACGGCAAGGACGGAACCCCAGGCAGACCAGGGCUCUCCAUCUACAACUACACCAGGGAGAAGGAGCUGUUUAUACCGCCUACUUUUGCACAGGACCACACCCGUGUGAUAGUUCGGGAGGGCGACACCCUGCGGCUGAGCUGCAACCCCAUGGGCAACCCUGAGCCCACGGUCGAGUGGCGCCGGACCGACUCCAGCGCUAUCAUCCAGGGCUCCUGGCGCGAUGCCUCCGUGAAGGGGCACCUGCUGAGCAUCCCCAACGUGUCUCGCUGGCACACCGGCCGCUACGCCUGCCUGGCUAACAACGGGAUGCUGCCCGCCGCCAACCAGACUACUGAUGUGGAGAUACAUUUUAGUCCCUACAUUCGUGUCGCCAAUAAUAUCGUCUACGUGUACAACAAAACUGCCAAAGUUGAGUGUGAAGUGCAAGCGUGGCCGGAGCCAGUGCUCGCGUGGGAGACCGACGGGGUGACCCUGGAAGGAUCCCGGUACCGCACCGAGGUCUCCUCAACACAGGUGCCGUGGCGCUGGAUCAUGCGGCUCGAGGUGCCCGGCGUGUCCAGCUAUGACCUGAAGCAGUACAGCUGUGUGGCCAAGAACGAGCUGAAUAAUCAGACCGUGAAGGGGCAUAUUCGGUUGAUGUACCCAGGUCCAGACCAGCAGGUGCAAGUGACCCAGCCCAUGGAGUUCGGCUCCCGCCCGCCCACGCUCACCUCCUACGAGGAACUCUGUCAGGUUCAGCACUGCCCCUCCUGCCCCAGGUGUGAUAGAGAGAAGCUGCUCAUCACCACUAUGAACGCUACCGCGGGGUACAAGCCCAGGAGGAAUACUAAUUGCCAACUCUAUGCUAUUGGAAAGCCAGUGUAUCAUCGUUACAAGGAGGAGUUAUUCGGAGCUUGGAUGAGAGAUGCUAAUGCCAAUGACAACCAACGAGAGAAGUUGUGGACCACUGCGGAGAACGACGUGGAGCGUCUGCGCGAGUACCGGAGCAAGGCCAGCUUCAAGGCGGACCACGUCGACGAGUUCCACAAGCUGCAGAAACCGUUCUUUGGCAACGGGCACAUAGUGUACAGUGGCUCGUUCUUCUACCAGGCCAACGAGUCCGGGCACCCGGGCGACAUCGUCCGGUACGACCUCACGCAGAGCCGGAUCAAGUCGGCGCACCUGCCGCAGGCCAGCGGCCGCUUGUACGCCGCGCAACACAACCAGGUUGACUUCAGUGCUGAUGAUAAUGGUCUUUGGGCAAUUUACGCCAUUGAGGGAUCUAAUAAUACUGCUGUUGCUAAGCUAAGCUUUGACCCUAAUAAGGAUGAUUUGAACAUCGACUAUAUCUGGAACAUUUCUCUGAAUCAUAGACAGGUCGGAGAAAUGUACAUAGUAUGCGGAGUGCUUUACGCCCUAGACUCUGCCACGGAGCGGGACAGCAAAGUGACCAUCGCCAUCGACCUGUAUCUGAGCAAACCUGUUGAGGUCAAUCUCUCCUUUACUAACCCUUUCCGGAAGACCACCCAACUAGGGUACGACCAUACUCAUAAGGAGCUGUACUCUUCAGACCGUGGAAACCAGCUGACGUAUCCAGUGCGGUACAAUGAACUGCCCGGGCCCUGAAUAAUGCAUAUUGUUCAACUUUAUCGAUAGGAUUCUACGCCUAAUAUUUUCUUUGUAAACUUUUUUGUACAAUAAAUAAUGUAUUUUUGUA